UUGUAAACAUCAUCAUAAAGACAAACUGUCAUGCUGCUUUCACACCAGCCGACAGCCACUCAUAAUUUGCAGGAGGACUCCCAUCUUCAGUUUAAUAUAUCUGUUAUUACCGAGCGACGCAUCAGUUGAGCAGAAAAACUUGAAUGAAGUUGGGUAUAAUUGAUUGUGUUUAGCCAGCAUGCUAGUUCACCCUAAGCCAAAUAACAACGGUUAGUCAGCUAUUUUGUAAUACAGUACACACUGAACCCAAGAGACGGUCAAGAUGCCAUGGCCAUUUUCGGAGUCUAUUAAGAAGCGGCCCUGCAGGUACCUGCUGCAUCGAUAUCAUGGUAAUUACCUCCAGGAGAAGCUGAGUUUGGACCAGCUUAGUCUGGACCUCUAUCAACGCAUGGGCUCACUUGCUCAAGUGCCACUGGACAAAUGGUCCCUGAGAUCCUGGAGUCUGUGGAUGCUUCAUUUGAGGUGAGCGAGGGCUUCAUCCAGGCCGUAUCUCUCACUGUGCCAUGGGCCUCACUGCUGCAGGACAGCUGCACACUGGAAGUGAGGGGCUUGGAGAUGGUGUUCAGGCCAAGACCUCGAAUGGCAUCAGGCAUGGAGCACAUGUGCUGGUCCAGCUUCAUGACCAGCAGUAUGCAGCUAGCCAAAGAGUGUCUAAGCCAAAGACUCACUGAUGAUCAGGGAGAGAGCUCGCACCCUCUGGAGGGUCUGGAAAAGUUUGCAGAGACUAUUGAGACAGUUUUGAGAAGAGUCAAGAUAAGUGUCUUCCUGUAAACCGUUUAAACCAGUGCAGAUUGGCUGCUUUAGCGUUAAAGUGGAGCUGACCGUGGUCCUGAAGCAAAAUGAAGCCAUGCCCGGAACUAAGCUGGAUAUUGAUGGGCAGUUUGAUUAUCUAAUCAUGCUGCUUUCACCACAACAAGUUCACCUCCUACAAGACAUGUUUGAGGUUUUCUCUAGCUCAGCCGGACAGGAGUGGUCUGCUAUAGGAAAGGAUAGGAAGAGUCGGCCCAUGCAACAGGAGGAUGAUUCUCGCCUCCAGAUGGAGCUCAACCACUGCCUGAAGAAAGACACCAUAAUAGUUGCCACUGACCAGGACCUAUUUGAAAGUCAGACCACCAGAACGGUAUCCAGUAGAGACGUGUGGGACGAGUACAUGGAUGUUCCUAGACCGAAGGAGAAGCAGACAUUUGAGAUGACACCACAUCUUUCCAGAGAUUCUCAGCUGACACACAAGCUGCUCCAGCAGAGAUCUCAUCCAACUAAAGGCCACUGUGAUGAGUCCAGGCCUGAGCUGGUUCUCAGGCUCACAGUGGGAGGUCUCUGCCUGUCUGUCCUCCAUAUUGACCCGCUCCCACCUCCAGACUCCUCCCGCAGCCAUCUUGCACCAAUGGCUUCAGAGUUUUUCCGUAUUCUGUCUGUAAAUCAACUCACUGCUGGGAAUUUCCUGCAGUCACGAACUGUCUUCGAUGAAGCCUGUCCACAUGAUCAUCUCAGGUACAGUGGAUGGAGAUGCCCCUGAGUGGAGUGUCAGUCUGCCUUGCAGGACGCGUCCUCAUUGGCUUGAGCCUGUGAUGUACGCUUCUGAAUCUGCUCCAGAGAGGGCGUCUCCCUCUGAAGGGCUCAGAUUUGAGUCUCACAGCAUGCUGUCUGUCGCUGUUAAAAUUUCC